GCCCCUGCGCAGCGAUGAAGAGGACCCGUGAGGAGGUGGACGCUACGCUGCACGUGGCCAAGCUGAACGCAGCCGAGCUGCUCCCGGCCGUGCAUUGCCUGGCCUUCGGACCCAGGGCCAGCGGCGCCGCUGCCGGCGACUUCUGCCUGCUGGAGCUGGAGCCUGCGCUGUGCCAGCAGCUGGAGGCUGGACACAGUCUUGUGAUUCGUGGUGAUAAAGAUGAACAGGCUGUGCUAUGCAGUCAGGAUAAAACAUAUGACUUGAAAAUAGCAGAUACUUCAAAUAUGUUGCUUUUUAUUCCUGGUUGUAAAACUCCAGACCAACUGAAGACAGAAGAAACACAAUGUAACAUUAUUCACACUGAGAUUUUCGGUUUUUCUAACAAUUACUGGGAAUUAAGAAGAUGUAGACCUAAAUUAAAGAAGCUGAAGAAACUUUUAAUGCAAAAUUCCUAUGAAGGACCCGACAGUCAAAAAGAAAAGGAUUCAGAUCACCCAAAAUAUACAACUGCAGAUUUGCUUGAUCAAAUUCAGGCAAGUGAGGAAGAAAUAAUGACACAGUUACAAGUUCUAAAUGCCUGCGAAAUUGGAGGUUAUUGGCGGAUUCUUGAAUUUGAUUAUGAGAUGAAACUUCUGAAUCAUAUAACUCAGCUUGUGGAUUCUGAAUCGUGGUCUUUUAGUAAAGUUCCUUUGAAUACCUGCCUUCAGGAACUUGGCCCACUGGAACCAGCGGAAAUGAUAGAACACUGUCUUAAAUGUUAUGGAAAGGAAUAUAUAGAUGAAGGUGAAGUUUAUUUUGAAUUGAAUGCUGAUAAUAUCUGCAGAGCCACAGCACAAAUGCUACUUCAGAAUGCAGUGAAGUUCAAUCUCGCUGAGUUUCAAGAGGUUUGGCAACAGAGUGUUCCUGAAGGGAUGGUAACAAGGCUUGAUCAGCUUAAGGGUUUAGCACUUGUGGAUAGACACACGAGACCAGAAAUCAUAUUUUUAUUGAAAGUAGCUGAUCUGCCGGAGGAUGAUCAGGCACGUUUUAACAGUCUGUUCUCUCUAAGGGAGAAAUGGACAGAAGAAGAUAUUGCUCCGUAUAUUCAAGAUUUGUGUGGAGAGAAGCAAACCAUAGGAGCAUUACUCACCAAGUAUUCUCGUUCUUCAAUGCAAAAUGGUGUUAAAGUUUAUAAUUCAAGAAGACCCCUUUCUUAA